AUGGCGUCGCCGGCGCCGCCCGGCUCUUCCUCCUUCUACUCAAGCGAGGGCGAGCUCGCAACCUUCCCGAACCCGUCGUUCGAAUGGGAGGAAACCGGCCACCGCGUCUCUCCCUACCAGUUCCACCCGUCGCCGCCGCCGCAAACCCUAGCCCAUGGCCUCGCCGCGGCCUCCCUCCAGACCGCUAGCGCGUCACCCACCUCGCCACCGCCUCCUCAUGAGCCCGCGCCCGGCUUCUCCUUCUGCCCGAGCGACAGCGAGCUCGUGUCCUUCUACCUCCGCCCAAGAAUCUCCGGCCAGCCCCUCCCGGACGCCGCCAAGCAGUUCCUCCACGAGGCAGACGUAUACGCCACAGAUCCAGCUUCCCUCGUCUCCGGCUACCUGCCAGGCUCAGCGAGGGCCAAGGGCGAGAGCAAGAACUGGUACUUCUUCAGCCUCGUGAAGCCCAAGAGCGCCCAGGACGCCCGCAAGAGUCGGAUCGUCGGAGGAGGCAAGGGCUCAUGGAAACAAGAGCGAGGGAACGACGUCGUCGGCGCCGAGGGCCACGCCGUCGGGCGCUUGGAGAAGUUCACCUACACACCCAAUCCCAAGGAAGACAAGAAGCCGCCGGAGUGGCUCAUGAGGGAGUUCAGCGUCGAUCAGCAAGACGGCGGCCAGCCGAGGCCGGUUCUUUGCCUCUGCAAGAUCUACCAGAGCCCGCGGUUCCUCAAGUCCGCCUCCAAGAACUCCGCGUCCGCGCGCAAGAGGAAGACGCCGGAAGACGAAUCCCUGCACGCGUCUGCGCCCAAGAAGAGCAAUGCCUCCAUGGACGAAUCAUCCGCAGCCAGGCGGCAGCUCCAGUUUCCGCCAUUGCUUCCUCCAUCAAAUCUGCCAUCGCCCGUCCCUUCGCCCCCUCCUCCCGCACCAAAUCCCGUGGUGGAAGUCGAAGACGACUUCUGGGAGCAGAUUCGUGAGGACCCAGCGUUCAACUGCGGCUGGGAAGAGCUAUGUGAUCUCUCGCCCUGCUCAUUGGCGGCAGUGGCACCGACCCCGCUGGGAUCCAGCCAUGGAAGUCAGUGCGCUUGACAGAGUUCUUACAUACAACGGAUAUCUCUGAAGAUGUCCACCUCCGGCCUCUCUCUACUGCUUCAGUUAUUCAAAAUCUCAUCAGACCACUUCGGCUAAGUCACUUAGUUAAACUAGUCACAACCUUUACUUGUUACGCUUACUGUUUGCUAAGAGCAAGCCCUAAGCAAUAUACUCUAUAUCAUAUACUCUACGGCAUCAUGGGCUCAUGGCUCAGUUUUGGGAACAAUAUAUCAUGCCAAAUUUUGUAGCUACUCACGCGAUGGCAGUUACGAAUUACUGUUGACUCUUGGUUGUAUCCUCUGUGAUGGGAUUACUGUUUGGUACCUUAACUAGAACAUGAUAUGUACCCAAUGCUCCGCUGUUAAGUUUGAUGCUAUCUUGUGUGCAAUGUGGUUCUUAAUUUCUGCAGUUGAUAAUAUCAGCUCAAUCUUGUUUCCCCUUUUCUGAA